CUUGGAUGUGUGAGUUAAUGUGGGGCGUUGCCCGGGAUUUCGUUACGCAAUCGUCGUGGUAGCUUGCUUAGUUUCAUUCUGAUUAUUUUCCAAUGCACGCCUCAUAUCAUUGACUGUAGCUGCCUGUGUUGCUUCACUUUGCACUGGAAACUGCUUAUCCAUUGGAUUAAAAUUUGCAUACGCUCGCAAGUUGUCUGGGCUCAAUUCCACGACCCGAUUUUGGUAUGGCAAAGAAAAGCUUUUGUGGCGCGGUUACUUUUACAUCUGAAGACGGAAUAUACGACGACAGAUGUGAUAUCAGCGACCAUGGAAAUACUGGUUCACGGCGACGCAAUUUGGGUCAGUUUGCUCUGUCUCUACCAGAGGCUAAAGCUGGAAUAAGUAAAACCGAUUCGGCACAACUAGAUUUCCUAACUUAUGGACCCAUCAAUCCACCUUUUUCAAGUAAACCUGGGCGCUCGACAUUCCUGCACCGUAGCCAUUCAGAUUCGGCCAUUCGUAAGAAUUAUUUAGCUGCUGCAGGUUACGAAUCUCCGCCCUAUUCAAAUUUCGCGCGCUAUCUGCCAUGUCUUUCUACUCCCUCUGAAGGCACAUCCAGUUCGAAUUUUUCACCCUUUUCUGCCUCCAAAUCGGGUGAUACUACGGAGAGCAGCUUUUGCUUACCUAUUUUUGCGAGCUAGUUAUCUCUUCCAGAGCCACCAGAUGGUGGUUAUGGCUGGGUUGUCGUUUUUGCCGCAUUAUUAGUUCAUAUGAUUACUGAGGGUGUAAUAGUAUCUUUUGGUGUCUUCAUAGAGGAUCUACUGGAGGAGUUUGGCGAAUCUAUGAGUGCCACUUCGUGGGUUGGAUCAUUCUCUUAUGGAACUCCCGCUCUGGUUACUCCCAUUUCGUCGUUUAUCUUGAACAAACUCGGCUGUCGCAUAACUUGUAUGCUUGGAGCUCUAAUAAGUUCUGUUGGAUGCCUCGCAGGCUCUUUUUGUGAUUCAUUGUUGGCACUUGUCUUUACCUUCGGCAUUUUGUCGGGCAUUGGCUUCAGUCUCAGCAUGACAGCAGCACUGGUUGUUGUGACUAUCUACUUCGAUGAUCGGAGAGCUACUGCCACUGGACUAUCUAUUGCCGGAACCGGUGUUGGUGCGCUUGUCUUUGCUCCGGCCGUGGAGUUCCUCAUCAACGUGUACUCGUGGCGAGGGACCUUCAUGCUGAUGGCCGGUGCUGUUUUACACAUAGCCAUCUGUGGGGCAUUGAUGCGACCUGUGGAAACACGGAUUGAGCGACGUCAUCGUCAAAGACUAGCGUGGUUGGAGCACUUCGCUAAAGAAUCUGGCAUGCCAACCAUAGUCAAAAGCGAAGAUUACCUGGGUCGUGACGUUCUUGGGCGCAUCAAGUUGUUACGUGAUCGAUUGUUGGCUCCUAGAAAGUGCUUCGGGCGCACCCACGGUGUCGUACGAAUGCCAACUGAGUAUCGAUUUGAAGGCAACCAACGAAUGCACGAUACAAGCCAAAAUGUUGGUUGCUUCUCUACUCAUUGCAUUCAGGUGAUCGAAGCUCGCGAUGCUACUAGCAAAUUGUACACUUGGUCUACUUUGGCCCUCGCUGCUACUCAAAGUCAGGGCUCUCCACAAAAGACAGUGCUGCAUAAUCAUUUCUCUGACGCGAAAUCCGUUCCUGCGAGUGCAGUCAAACCCCUGACGACUGUUUAG